AUGGCAGCCUUGACCGAACGCUACGACGCCCUCGUUCGAUGGACGGAGGAGGGCGGCGGCGGUCUCCAUCCCUCCGUCGAGAUCUACCACGACGACGUGACCAAGGCGUCGUUUCGCGUCAAAGCCGCGUGCUCCGUCGGACCAGACGACGCCAUCGUCACGCUACCGCUCUCACGAUCUCUCUCGUACCUGAACGCAAUCAGCGGUCAUCCUGAUUUUGCAGCAGUAGCGCAUGCAAGCAUCCCGCACGCUGAGGACAAGCGCUUCUUCCCAGCGGGUUUCCUCAAACAGGCACCGCCUCAUGUUGUAGGGCGAUUCUGCCUCAUGCAGGAGUAUCUUCUGGGUCGAGAGUCCACGUGGUGGCCAUAUAUCAGGACUCUCCCCCAGCCCGAGCACAUGAGUAGCAUGCUACCGCUGAUGUGGCCGUCGGACGAUGUCGAGUUUCUCCGCGGCACCAACGCCUUUGUGGCCGUCGAAGAGAUUCGGUCGACCCUGAAGAAGGAACACAAGCGUGCUAUGAAGCUUCUGCCCCCAAAGUACCAGCUCGAAUACGCCCGCCCACUGUACUAUUGGGCAUAUUGCAUCUUCACGAGCCGCAGUUUUCGUCCCUCGCUCAUCCUACCAGAGGCAGACUCGGCAUCUCUGCCCUGCGAGAUUGACGACUUCUCAGUCCUCCUUCCUCUGUUCGACAUCGGGAACCACUCGCCGCUCACAAGGACUGCUUGGACCACCGAUGGGGCCGCACAAGUCUGCAAGCUUCAGUCGGGGAAGACCUAUUCAGCUGGAGAGCAGGUGUUCAACAAUUACGGCCUGAAGACCAACGCUGAGCUGUUACUUGGCUAUGGCUUUGUCUUCCCAGAGGCGCCCGAGUUCCACAACGACUACAUCCACAUCAAGACGAAGGCCAACCCGGAAGCUGGUGACCUCGCAGCAUCUCACAUCGUGUCAUUGAGGCCACUGGCCCAUUCCAACUCCGUCGUGGGACGAUCAAGGCUUAUCGACCCCGACCAUCUCACGCAUUGUCUCCCGUGCUUCUCCCACAUCCAAGACACGCUCAUCGCUUCCCUCUACGAAUCCAUCACGAAGGGCGAUGAUGGCGGGGCAGAUGCAAGCCUGACGGAUAUCAUGCGAGGCAAGAUCCCAGAGGCUCUACUUGAACAGAUCGUCGAUGCGCUUGGUUCUAAGCUCAGCAUAGACCUCGAAGCGCUCGAGCAGUUUGGUCCAGAGUACGAGGCUGUCAAUCGCAAUCAAGAGCUCGCACUACUCUAUCGGGAGCAAUGCAGAAAGGUCCUGAUGAAUGCGCUGCUUAGCCUUUCGGCCACCAGAUCCUCCUCGGACCGACUGCAAGGUCUCUCACUGGGCUAG